UCCACUCUGCACUGUACCCUCAGGCACUUUAAUCCAGGCCUUUAUUUAUUUAUAUUUAGAACUUAUUUUUUAUUUUCAUUGUUAAUUCUCGUGCACAGCUGUUGAUACGUGUGUCUUUAUGACAAGCUGAUUAUUUUGAAGAUCUCAGCAAAGUGAAGUUUGGCAUGACAACAUGAAUUCUCCCUACACAGCCGUGCAGUAUUACCCAGAGUUUGCCUUCCAUCGACUCAGGGACUCUUCGUCUCGUUUGUCCUGGAGAGAGAGCUCGUUUCUCGCAGCUAUGUCCCAGAAUCAGUCAGCACAGACAUCCGACUACUUCAGCCAAGAUGUAUUCAACCAACUGUUUGACAUGCUGGACCAGUCUGCCAUUCAUUCAGUCCAGCCCAUUGAACUCAACUUCACCGACAGUCCAACUGAUGGGUCCACAGGAAACACUAUUCAGAUCAGUAUGGACUGCAUAACCAUGCACGAGCCAGAUGAGAGCCUUUCUUCCCAGUAUACAAACCUGGGGCUCCUGAACAGCAUGGAUCAGAACAUUCAGAAUGGCGGCUCGACCUCCACCAGCCCCUACAACAACGACCACGCGCAGAACAACGUGACAGCCCCGUCACCCUACGCCCAGCCCAGCUCCACCUUUGAUGCCAUGUCUCCCUCACCGGCCAUCCCCUCUAACACAGAUUAUGCCGGGCCCCACACCUUUGAUGUGUCCUUCCAGCAGUCAAGUACAGCAAAGUCUGCCACCUGGACGUACUCUACAGACCUGAAAAAGUUGUACUGCCAAAUUGCCAAGACGUGUCCCAUCCAGAUCAAAGUCCUGACCACGCCACCUCAGGGUGCUGUUAUCAGAGCCAUGCCAGUUUACAAGAAAGCCGAACACGUGACCGAGGUGGUGAAGCGAUGCCCAAACCACGAGCUCAGCCGCGAGUUCAAUGAUGGUCAGAUCGCUCCUCCGAGCCACUUGAUCCGUGUGGAGGGAAAUAACCACGCCCAGUAUUUGGAGGACACCAUCACUGGAAGGCAGAGCGUAUUAGUUCCUUACGAACCUCCACAGGUCGGGACAGAAUUCACCACAAUUUUGUACAACUUUAUGUGCAACUCGAGCUGCGUGGGUGGUAUGAACAGACGGCCCAUACUCAUCAUCGUCACCCUGGAAACCAGAGAUGGUCAGGUAUUAGGCCGCCGCUGCUUUGAGGCUAGGAUCUGCGCCUGCCCGGGCCGAGACAGAAAGGCUGACGAGGACAGCAUCCGCAAGCAGCACGUAACGGACGCCACAAAGAGCAAUGACGGUACGAAGCGCCCCUUCCGCCAGGUCUCCCACGGCAUUCAGAUGUCCGCCAUCAAGAAGAGAAGAUCUACAGAUGAGGAGGUCUUUUGUUUGCCUAUUAAAGGCCGUGAAAUUUAUGAGAUUUUGGUAAAAAUCAAGGAGUCUUUGGAACUCAUGCAGUUUCUGCCGCAGCACACUAUAGAGUCAUACAGGCAGCAGCAGCAGAAUCUCCUUCAGAAACAUCUGAUAAAAACCCGCCUUGGUAGCCAGCUCAUGGAACCAGCAGGAGAGCAGAGGCGGCGCUGGAGCUCCUCCUGAAACUCUGCCUCACAUUCCUCCACCUCCUCCUCCUCCUCCUCCUCUUCGUACUGAGCUACACGGAACUCCUCUCUGUCUCCUUUUAUCCACUUUGAUUUUUCUGAUCUCCUCAUUUUCUGCUUUUUCUGGUAUUCUGGGGACUUGACACUGAAACUUUCUGUUUUUGAGAGCAUCAUGGAAAAGCAGUCAUGCAGGCUGUAGCCCUACAUGCUGGAUGAAUCCUUUGUCAGAUAACUUCAAGACUGAUUUGCAUGCUUUAUUCUGUCCAUAAUAAAAAAAGAUAUUUUGCAGGGUUGCCUAACUGUUGUUCAGGCUAUCCCUGUUUUGUUUUAUAUUCUUGUCAGUAAUCUGCUGCAUCGAGUGCGUUUGUUAAACGUUUGUGCUGUUCAGCCUCUUCUGACGGCUGAACGAAGGAACAAAGCCUGAAAGUGGACUGAUGAAGCUUAUUACAGUCAAUGUGCUUUUGCGUCGCAAUGAGAGCUGGACUCAUGAAAUCUAUAUUUUUGGGAUGUUUUGGUGGGAGAAGAAAAAACUGAAUGAUUAUUUAGAAAUGUUUUUUUGCUAAUGCUGGUCAUGUUUUAUAAAAUCACUGCAGGACAGUUUGUUUGAACUGCAGAUGUGCACAAAGCAGAUCUGUUUGAAACAGAUUUCUAUUUUUGUGGCUGUUGCAUUGUUUUGUUUCAGUACGUAAUAAAUGGCUUUCUUUGUUUGAAACAUGUCCUUUUCAUGAACUACUCAUCAUCAGAGAAUGUGUGGUCGGUUUUAGAGUCUGAUGAAGGAUAGACUGAUCAUUAUUUCGAAGGUUAAAAAUGAUCAAAAAUUACCAAUUUGGAUGCAGAUAUUUUCAAUACCUGAGAUGGAAUUACAUUUUUUAUUUUUUUAUUUUUUUACUUGACUUGUGCCAAAGGUUGUUUCUUGAACAAAUAACUUAGUUGAAGAACGUGCAACAAUAUUUGAUGUUUUCAAACAGUUCAAGUGCAGACCACUGUGAGACUGUGCAGACCAUGCUGAGCGUAUAGCCAGCUGUGGGCUCAGAGCACCCUCUGCUGGAGAAUCUGCAUAUUGACACCAAGUGUGAAUCAACACAAGCAUUGUUUUCUCCAGCCCAACCAAUAUAUUGUUUGUCUAAUAAUAUUUGCAAAUAUUAGCAUAUCAGAGAUAUUUAGAUAAUAAGUACUGAUAUAUACUGAUAAAAAAAAAACGUUUUCAAAGAAAAUCUAACGAAGAAGACAUUGCUUUGUUUGAUUUAGAAAUGUUGUCCGAUAGUUUGUUCAACAAAGCGCUCAGCUUCAUUAGUUUACUGAGCAUCACACUGCAGAGCAUCACAGCAGAGAAGAUGAUGGUUGGGAAGAGAAUUGUUUGACAAAUUGUGAUGUAAAAUAGAAUUAAAGGAACUUUUUUUCAGUAAGGAACCUUCUUGGUGCCCUUGUCAUAUGCAUCAUAUCAGUGCAAAGUAGUUGCACAGACCACAUAAGAUUGGUCUAUGUUCUUUUAAGUUAAAAAUGCAUUAUAGUUGCCUCCAUAUUUGUAAUCAGAGAAUUUUCCCUCUAAAUUUAGUAUCCCUUUGGUCUCCGAAAUCCCAAAUCUGUGGGGCUGUUCUGUUUUUCUGUAUUAUAUUUUCUGUAAAAAAUAAGUUUGCAUAUUUAUAAAAACAUGUACAGAUCAUUCUGUGGCCUUUAUCAGCAGCUUAAUAUCCCAACUGAUGUAUCAGUGGGGGUCUUCUUAGUAUCAGGUGAAACCCCUCAGUAUUUAAAAAUCAAUGUAGUGACUGUAACUCACUCAACUGCUAUUUUCAGUUUCUGUGUUAAAUCAGAAUACUUUUUGAUCUCUUCAGUUUAAGUUCACCCUGACCACGUCUUUAUCGUUCAUCCUCCU